UUGAGUCUCCGCGUAGCAGCCAUUCAGCGGCGGUGGCUGAGGCGAUUGGACUGGGAGGGCUGCUCCGACACUUUUUUGUGGAAUUUGAAUUAUUUUGGCACAGCGCGGCUCUUGGUUCAUAGGUGACGGCUUGAGCGGGACGGCUUGCGGGUCGCAGAGGUGGUCACAGGGAGCUCAGCGAUGAAUAAGCUACGGCAGAGCUUCCGGCGCAAGAAAGACAUCUACGUGCCGGAGUCGAGUCGGCCGCACCAGUGGCAGACGGACGAGGAGGCGGUCCGCAGCGGCAAAUGCAGCUUUGCAGUCAAGUACCUGGGGCAUGUGGAAGUGGAGGAGUCGAGAGGCAUGCACAUCUGCGAGGAUGCAGUGAAGCGGCUUAAGACGGACAGGAAAUUCUUCAAAGGAUUCUUUGCUAAAGCUGGGAAGAAGGCGGUGCGAGCUGUGCUGUGGGUCUCGGCUGAUGGUCUUCGUGUCGUAGACGACAAAACAAAGGACCUGAUUCUGGAUCAGACAAUAGAGAAGGUUUCGUUCUGUGCUCCAGACAGGAACUUUGAGAGGGCGUUCUCGUACAUCUGCAGGGAUGGCACCACGCGCCGCUGGAUCUGCCACUGUUUCAUGGCCAUCAAAGACUCAGGAGAGCGGCUCAGCCACGCUGUGGGCUGUGCCUUUGCUGCGUGUCUGGAGAGGAAACAGAAGCGGGAGAAGGAGUGUGGCGUCACGGCAACCUUCGACGCCAACAGAACCACUUUUACCCGGGAAGGCUCAUUCCGCGUUACCACAGCAACAGAGGCUGCGGAGAGAGAAGAAGUCAUGAGGCAAUUGCAGGAUGCUAGAAAAGCAGAGACGGACGUGAAGGUCGCCGGGAACUCUGCCAACAGCGUGACGAACUCUGCGGUGCACCAGCCGGGAGGCUCCCCGUCCCCCUCGUCCUCCCCGCCUCUGUCGGUGGUGGCGCUGGGACCUCAGGUGAUACCCCGCAGGCACGCGCCGGCCGAGGCGCUCGCCCGGCAGGGCUCCUUCAGAGGCUUCCCGGCCCUCAGCCAGAAGACCUCUCCCUUCAAACGGCAGAUGUCGCUGCGCAUGAAUGAGCUGCCCUCCACCAUGCAGCGAAAGUCGGACUUCCCGAUAAAAAACACAGUCCCUGAGGUGGAGGGAGAAGGUGACAGCAUCAGUUCGCUGUGCACUCAGAUCGCCAGCGCUUUCAGCGGACCCCCGGAGGACCCGUUCUCUUCCGCUCCGAUGCCCAAACCAGCGUCCUCCCCACAGUCUCCAGUGGCCCCAGUAAACGGCACCAUGCCUGCCUUCUCUGUUGCCACCGCCACCGCCGCCAUCCCCCCAGUGCUGCACCCUGCUCUGCCUGCUCGAGAGACUAACCCCUGGGCUACAAACCCAGCAGGGCCCCCGGUUUCAGCCCACCCAGGAGCGGACUGGCCAUCGACGACACCAGUGAUAGUAGCCCCGCCCACCGGCUCUCCAGCCUCGUCCGCUCACAAACGAUCAUCAUCGGAAGCCGACCGCUGGCUGGAAGAAGUCACCAAAUCUGUCCGAGCGCCGCAGUCUAAACCAAUCCCUGCAGGAGGCACGCCUCCCCCCCAGCUGUUUGCCGCUCCGGCGCAGAUGCCAAUGGCCUCCGUCUCUGUCGUCCCGCCGGUGCCCUUCAUCCCUUCCCUACCCCCUACUGUCCCCAUGGUGCCCCCCCGCCAGCCCACUUUCCACGCCCAGGCGCCGGCCUCCUACCCAGUGUCCAACGGGCUGCCGUUUCCUCAGCCCGGCGUCCAGGUGUUCGGCAUAACUCCUUCCCAGAUGGUGGCUAAUGUCUUUGGCUCCGCCACCCAUCCCCAGCCUUUUCCAGUUCCGGCCUCCACAACGCCACAGACUGAUGCUCAGGCCAUCCAUAACAUUUCCCCGUACAUGAAGCCCCCGCUGCCCGCGGAGGUAAGCCCCGCCCCCCUGCAGCCCGCCAACGGCCGGGCCGCCUUCAACGGCGCCGACGGCUGGGCGGCCUCGUCCCAAGUCGCUUCGCCUUCUCCGUACGUCCAGUCUGCGCCAGCGCAGCAGGAAGAUGCUUUUGAAGCCCAGUGGGCCGCCCUGGAGAACCGCCCGCACCAGCGCACCACCCCCUCCCCCACAAACCCCUUCUCCACCGAGCUGCAAAAGACAUUUGAGAUCCAGCUCUGAACACUGUGCAGGUUAGAAAGCACUGGGCAACGGGGACUUAAUGGCUAGAAGGCAGAUGGGAGAGUCGUCCUGCCUUCCUCCUGGGUUUUAAUGGACACACUCAGCGGGGGGGGCGACUAAAACUGGGAGGGGGGGUCCGAAGGAACCUCGCUCAGCAACAAGAGGCAGAAAUGAGAACGAAGCAGGUUGCUAAGAAUAGAUUUCCAGCUCCUCAGGCAUUUUGUUUGUAUUUACUGUAUUGCUUUGUUUGUGCUCUGGCGCGCAAGGUUAUCACUACCCUGUGGCGAAUCCCUGUCGAAACAACCCCCCCCCCCCCCAUCCGCUGCCUAGCUACGCUUGUUGAGGCCCCCCCCCCCCCCCC